AAACUAAAUGUCCACAUUCACCCUUUAUCAGGCGACAAUACUACGCGUUCGGUCAUCCCGUCAUGUCUCCUUCGUGGUUCUUAUUGUCCGUUGCGUUGUUACUUGUCGCUCAAUACGCGACCGGAAAUUUAAUAAGAGGUAAAAGUGAUGAUAGCGUCUUCUCAAGCAAGGAUGUCCCCGUUCCUAAGGAUGAUGUGGAAGGCAACGAGCUGAGUAUCCCCGCGGAACCGCCUGUGGAUCCUCAAGAGAGCACGACGAAGAAAUGCGGCGAGAUUGGAGACUUUUGCACCUUCCACACUGAUUGCUGUACAUUCGCCUGUCUCGGCUACAUGAAGCGGUGUGUCUCGGGCUCCGGAUAGAUUACACAAUGUAUUAUAAGAAUAAAUUAUUUAUUUUA